AACUCAAAUGGCUGUACUUAGUGACUACAGACAUCAUUAAGUUGCUAGAAAAUACGCACAUUUUACGAGGAAGGAACCAAAACAAUAUUUUGGCAACAUUUAGGCAUUCUGUGAAAUUCUGGACAUUUGAUACUGAUGGCAAAUCCGGAAUGCUCCACGAAUAUUAUACACAUCCUCUUUGCUAAGAAAUUUCAGAGGCUGAUAAAUACAUCUUAACAUUCAGCUAGAGGGAUUUCAGAUACAAUAUAAAACACUUGAGAGAAUAGCCCGAAAAAUACAAAGGUGUGAUGGUUGCAGGUUCCAGUUCAGAUCCCCAGGCCACGCGAAGUAGGAGUGGCUCAAAUGGGUUAUGAUAGAGUAUCAGUUAUCCACACGCGCGCCUUUCUCAACAUCCUCACUCCCCAGCCUGGAAUACGAGAAGGUGAGCUCACAAAGCUGUGAUACAAAGCUACACGCAGCGUUAGAGGGAGACUCAGAACAUUUUGUUGGGACCAGAAGCAUGACUAUUCUGCGUAAAAUGGAACAAGUGAAAAUAUUGAGAGUGAAAUGUAAGAAAUAUGCUGUACUCACUGUCACCAGUGUCUUACUUCUGUUGGUAGUGGUAUACACAAGUACUUGGUGGCCCAUGCGGGAACUCAGAAGAAGCAGACAGUUCCUGAACACUCCAAAAAGCUUCCACAUUUCGAACAAUAUCAACAUUCAGUCUCCAUACGUACCAAGGAGAACGGAUGUUAAUGUUUUGACAACAUGGCUAGCUCCAGUGAUCUGGGAAGGCACCUAUGACUAUGAAAUCUUAAAUGAACAGUUCAAAAAAGGCAAUCAUUCAAUUGGACUCAUAAUCUUUGCGAUAAAGAAGUACACAAGGUUCCUUAAGGAUUUUCUUGCAACCGCUGAACUUUACUUCAUGCAGGGACACCGGGUCCAUUACUAUAUCUUCACUGACAGACCACAAGACAUUCCUAAUAUUGCUCUUAAAGAAAAUCGGUUUCUUCAUGUUAUAAGAUCAAAGCCUUACAAACGUUGGCAGGAUAUUUUGUUUCAGAGAAUGAAGAACAUCGAAACUCAGACAGCAAAACAAUUUUAUAAAGAGGUUGAUUACCUGGUUUCUACAGAUAUUGAUAUGAAAUUUAAUGAUCAUGUAGGAGUAGAAGUUCUGGGGAACCUGGCUGCUACAAUUCAUCUAGGUUUUUAUGGUAAACAUCGUACUAUUUUUUCAUAUGAACGAAGACAAAUCUCAGAAGCCUACAUUCCAUGGAAUGAGGGUGAUUUUUACUACUCUUCAGCAUUCUAUGCUGGAACAGUGAAAGAAAUAUAUCUGCUAGCCAAAGUCUGUGCUGAAGGCAUUGAAAAAGAUAAGAAAAAAGGUAUUGAGGCAAUAUGGCAUGAAGAAAGCCACUUCAACAAAUACUUAUUGUACCAUAAACCUACCAAAGUGCUUUCACCUGAGUACACUUGGGACAACAACUUUGGAACUCCAUCAUACUUGAAAAAGAAACGCUUUAUUGCUGUACCAAAGAACCAUAAUGAAAUCAGAAAUUAGAGUGCAUUAUUUAGCCAAACUUCAAACAGUAAUGACAAAAUCAUUUAUAGGCUCAUGAUCAAUAUGAAGAAUAGUCUGGCCAAUGGGCAAAAGUAAAAAUGACUUAAUACAACAAUCGCUUCAGAUUCUUAAAAAUCAGCUGCAUCAUUUCUAAUUAAGAAAUACUUUAAAGCUAAACUAAUUGAAUCUUGCACAGCAAUAUAAAAAUCAAAAAUAGCAAGGCCCUGAGACCUGAUUAUUUCCCUUUGGAAUUAUUUAAGAAAUUUGUUGCUAUGUUAUCUAAAAUUCUCUUAUGAAUUUUAAACAGUGUAUGUGCCCAUAGGUGUUAAGAUUUCUAUAUUAGCCAAAGACUAGCCUCAUACAAGGACCAAAUUCAGAUUUUCCUAACUCAUUAAAUUAUAGAUGUAUUACCAACAUAAAGCCUAGAUAUCAAGCUCUAUGCCAGUGUAUUAGCAAACUGUUUGAAAAAUAUAAUUUCACAUAUUUAAUUGAAAGUUAUUGUUGCAUGUUAUUUUUGACAUGCCAAUCAGGUUUCAUGCAACCAUGACAAACUAUAACCAGAUGACUUCCUUUAGGAUUCUGUAAGAAGCUUGUUGUUAUGUUUUAUUUAUUUUAACAUUUGUUUACCGAGAAAGUCCUACUGGGACAGAGCCCAUUUUCAAGGGAGGACCGGGGAGAAAUGCUGCAAGCACAUGUCUUUGUAAUGUGGGACAAAACCAGAGCACCCCGAGGAAACCCACAUGAACUCAGGGAGGACAUGCAUAUUCCACAAAGAAGGCAAACCAGCCGAGAAUUGAACUGGAAAACCUUUUGCUGUGAGGUGACAACACUAACCACUGCACUACUACACCACUCAUCUCAAGAUGUUACUUAAAAAAUGUUCAUAAAUUUUAGGAAGAGUAAUAAUUCAUGAGCUUUCAGAAAUGUAUAUUAACAAGGGACCAGCCUAAUACAAAGACCAAAUUCAGAUCCUCCUGAUCCAUCAAAUUAUAGACUUAUUCCUCACUUAAACCAAGAUAAUCUCUGUGCCACUGUAUUAGUAAACUGUUUGAAAAUUAUUAUUUCUCAUCAGUUUCUUUUAAACAUGUUACAUAUUAUUUUGGCAUUUCAGUCUAGUUUCAUACAGUAAUGGCAAAUCAGUCACCAAACUAUAACACUUGAAACAUUACAGAUAUUUAAAAAAUGAAGGGCCAAAAUAAGAUAUCUCAUAGGAUUAACUACUCUUUUCUCCUUAAGACUGUCUAAAUUUGAUUUUCCUGGAUAUUUUGUCAAAUGCAUUAAAAGCUUUUAUAAAUAUUCCUCUUCUCAAAUCUCCAUAAACAACAUCAGUUUGUCUAAAGUAAUUCCCUUUGCAUAUAGUAACAGGUAAGGUUGUCCCUUACUCCAAUUUUAAUAUAUAUAGAGCCAUUAUUAUUAAAUAAAACGUAUCUUCAAAGAGCUCAAAUUUUCAUUUUUUGGUAUUUGCUGCUGCUGGUGCAAAAUGCAACUGCUUAUCUUUUACAUCCUUCAUUAGACAUUCCUUAAAUACACAAAGCUAUACAAAUGUUUUCAAUAUUUC